GUGGUUCCUCCCCGCGCAUGCCAGUCCUUCCUCCGGAGAAGGGAGCAGCCCUUUUCGCCAUGAGCUCCGAGGACGAGCAGAAGCGGCGCUUGAUCCGCCAGCGGAUCCGGGAUUUCCCGGACUUCCCCUCGCCCGGCGUCCUGUUCCGGGACAUCAGCCCUAUGUUGAAGGACCCCGUGGCGUUCAAAGCAGCCAUCGACCUGCUGGAAUCCCACAUCAGGGCCUCCCACAAGGAUAUCGACUACAUUGCAGGCCUCGAUUCCCGCGGCUUCCUCUUUGGCCCAGUUUUGGCUCAGAGGUUGGGGGUUGGAUUCCUGCUCAUCCGCAAGAAAGGGAAGCUUCCGGGAGCCACCGAAUCCAUCUCCUACGCACUGGAAUAUGGGAAGGCGGAAUUGGAAGUCCAGAAGGACAUAGUGGAGCCAGGACAGAAAGUCAUCAUAGUGGACGAUCUGCUGGCAACGGGAGGUACCAUGCGAGCCGCCUGUGAGCUGAUGACAAAGCUGCAGGCCAACAUCCUGGAUUGCCUGGUGCUCAUCGAGCUGUCCUUCCUCAAAGGUGUAGAGGCCGUGAAGCCCUUCCCCCUCUACUCACUCUUGCAAUACCACUGAUUCCUUGGGCCAGUCCUCCCCGCAACUCGGCUCCAUCCACCAUCCAAUAUUCCCAAUCUUGAACUUCCCAAGGGGGGUUGGGGGGGGGUGUUGCCACUUCUCUACAUGCUGGCCAAAACCUGAGCAAUCCAGAAAGUGCCAGUGUGGCCCCUUACAUGCUUAAGCGGCAAGCAGAGUAGUACCUUAAGUACGAUUUGAAACCUGGACCAAGGGCAGCCAAAGGACUUUGGGAAUACAGCCCCACUGGUUAUGUAGCUGGAGCAUGUGUGGGUCUGUUCCCAGGAAGGAUGAUGUGGUGUUCAUCUCCAAUGCGUUCAUGUUCCCUUCCAGAAGCUAGAGGGAAAUAAGAUGCCCCCCCCCCCCCACUGCCUCCAGAAAGUCCCUUUUGCUGGGUGGGUCUGAAGCAACCCAACCGUAAAUCCGUUUCAAUUCACUCUUAAUCCCAGAGGCUGAACAUGUCCGUCUGCAUAGUUCGCAUUCCUCACUAGGCAAGGAUGUGCUUUCUGCCCUGCAAGGGGAGAGUUACGUUUUGUGACUAGAAGGCUCUUUAUUUUGCUACACCAGAAAUCAGUAGAAAGAAGAAACACUUCUGUAAAACUAUUUCCUAUUAAAGACACGCUGCUCUUG